UUACACCUCCUUUACCAGAGGGAGAGAGAACGCUUCCCUCCCCCUUGUAUUCAUUAGCAUAAGAAAGCAGAGCCAGCCAAUGAGAAGAGCUCCUGGAAAGAGGGGUCUGGGCUGAGGCAUUGAUGGGAUAAUGUUACCUCUCCCCCAGAAUCUCCUCCUCUCUCCUCUCAGUCUGUGUAAGAGACAGGGAAGGAGGCUGUCGGAGAGACAGCCAGGAAUAUUAGGAGACUGCAUGAGACACAAAGAGCUGGAAGCUCCUCCUAAUCCUAUAAAGAGACAGCCUGGAGGAUCAAGAGACAUCCAGGGAUAUUGAGACAGACAGGAAUACAGAGGAAGUGCCUGGAAGGAAGCCAGGAAUAUCUGGAUACAGUGAAACCAGCAGCUAGGACUGCAGAACACACUGGGUGCCGGUGAGUAGCCCCAAGGUCCUGGGAUUCUAUCUUCUCCCCAGACAGCAGGGUGAAGAUGACCGGUAACAGUGACCAAAUACACUGACCGACUGCUAUAGACAACAAGACAACAGCAGAAGAGAAAUAGAGGGACAUACUGUCACAUCCAGUCUUGCUACAUUGCAUACACCAUUCAUAAGGAAGGUCGGUGACAGUCAAUCUGCUGUGAGAUGCUUGGUAUAAAGUAAGAAGGAGCAGAAAAAGUCUGUGAGGUCCAGAUCUGGUAUUGAUAACCACCUCGGGACAGGAUUAUAGCAGAUCGGUACUAAACAGCUGGAUUACAAGUGGAUCCCAUAAGAACAGAAACAAUGAACUAUUUGAAUGUAUUGGCCAAAGCUCUGUAUGACAAUGUUGCAGAGUCACCAGACGAGUUAUCCUUUAGAAAAGGGGAUAUCAUGACGGUGCUGGAACGUAACACUCAAGGUCUAGAUGGCUGGUGGCUUUGUUCUCUGCAUGGAAGGCAAGGAAUUGUGCCUGGAAACAGGCUAAAAAUUCUGGUGGGAAUGUAUGACAAGAAACAAGGAAAUGACCAGAGCCAACAGAAACCUCAGCAACAGUCCCCUCAGCAGCAACCACCUCAGACUCCAUUGCCUUAUAACAAUCAAAGUGUCUACAAUGUUCUUUCCACAAAUCAGUACACUACAAUGCACCCGUCGUACCAGAGCCAGAGUGCAGAUAGUGUUUACUUAGUUCCAGCCAUGCCUAAAGGACAGCAAACACAUUACCAGGCCCCUCAGGGGCCACAACACCCUGGUCAAACAACGCCUUCUAAGCAAUCUACCUUGUAUCAAAACCAGCUACCCCAACAUCAAUUCACAAGCCAAGACAUUUAUCAGGUUCCCCCAUCCAUGAAUCAACCACAAGAGCUCUACCAGGUGCCAGUAGGAUCCACCACCCCACCUCAGUCUCAGGACAUUUAUCAGAUUCCACCUUCUGCAGGGACAGGACAAGAUAUCUACCAGGUGCCACCAUCAAUGACCCCUGCUCAAGAAAUUUAUCAAGUGCCACCAUCUAUGGAUAUGCGUGGAGGAGAACUCAGAAAGCCACCAGGAAAGGUUGUUCUUCCUACUCGGAAAGGACAAGUCUAUGUGUAUGAUUCCCCCAAGCCAGAACAACAGGAUGAGUAUGACAUUCCUCGACACCUCCUUCCUGCUGGACCACAGGAGAUCUACGAUGUUCCCACCAGGUGUUUGGUGAACAGCUACAGCCCAGAGGUGUACGACAUUCCACCAAUGGCUGUAAAAGGUCCUGUCGGAAGAGAGCAAACCCAAGAGAUAUAUGAUAUCCCUCCCAGCGUGGAAAAAAAUCUAUCGGACCAUCUGCAGUCUCAUUUAAUGAUUUACGACAUACCGCCCUCGGUAAGCAAAGAUGUGCCAGAUGCUCCUCAAAGAGAAGAGACCUAUGAUUUCCCACCUGCUUUCUCAAAUCAGAAAAUGCAGAUUCCACCUCAGCUUCCCACUCAUAUCCAUGAUCCAGAGCCAUACAUUCCUGAAGAUAUUUAUGAUAUUCCUCCUGCUGCUGUUAAGGGCAAUGAUUCCACUUUUUCCCAAGAGAUAUAUGAUGUCCCUCCCAGCUUAAGAAAGACUGCUGGACAGAGCUUCAAUGAUGUUUAUGAUGUUCCAAGAGAAUUCCAUAGCGGAAAAGCAUCACUGGAGACCGAGGCAGACUACAUAUAUGAUGUUCCUCCUCAGGUAGACCGGGAAAUCAAAGCAGUGGAUGAACUUUCAGGCAACUUCAAGAGGUUGUCUGCUUCAAGCACUGGUAGCACCAGAAGCAACAUUUCAACCUCUUCACUUGAUGUUAUCCCAGUAAAAGAAUCAUCGGUCAUACCACCAAAGACACCAGGAAAGGAACUAAAUCUUGAUUUAGAAGCUGCAAUGGAACUUUUGGUAAAAUUACAACAUGGAGUAAAUAGCUCAAUCUCCUACCUUAUGUCUUUCAUAAGUAGCACUUGGAGAAGUCAAGAACAGAUGGAAGUCAAUGUACAGAGCAUCCAGGCUGCAAUAGAAGGAGUGAAAAACACAGUUAAGGAAUUGUUGGAAUUUGCCAGAGGAGCAGUAGUAAAUUCAGCACAAGCAUCUGACCGGACUCUUCAUGCCAAGCUAACCAAACAACUACAGAAGAUGGAAGAUGUUUACCAACAACUGCUGAAGCAUAGCCAAGCCUUAGACAGCUGUAACUGGUCUUUGAGUGCUGUAGUAAACAAUAAACCAGGCUCUUCGGAUGAUCUUGACCGCUUUGUCAUGUAUUCAAGGGGCAUACCAGAUGACACCAAACAGUUUGCUUCAUUUCUACACGGAAACGCCUCUUUGCUAUUUAAAAGGACCAAGCAACAAUCUUCAAUGGGAGAGUCUCAGACUGGACAAGAGAAUAGCAAUCAUUUGACCAAUAAUAACAAUAAUUUGUCUUCUGGUCAAACUGGGCAUACAGAAAAGGCUAGCAUACAAUCGAGGCCUCUGCCUUCUCCACCGAAAUUUAUAGCAGAAGAAUCUCCUGAUGGCCAAUAUGAAAACAAUGAGAGCGGUUGGAUGGAAGAUUAUGACUAUGUCCAUUUACAGGGUAAAGAAGAAUUUGAAAAAACACAAAAAGAACUGCUAGAAAAAGGAAACAUCAUACGACAAGGAAAGGGUCAUAUAGAGCAGCAGCAGUUGAAGCAGUUUGAGCGUCUGGAAGAAGAGGUUGCACGGCCUAUAGAGAAUGAUCUAUCAAACUGGACACCUCCUCAACACUACAGCCAAGUUCGUGGCAACCUGAGCAACUCGGACCGGCAGCUGCUUCUCUUCUACCAAGAACAGUGCGAGGCCAACGUCACUACUCUGACCAAUGCCAUCGAUGCCUUCUAUAGCUCCAUUAGUAGCAACCAACCUCCCAAAAUUUUUGUGGCCCACAGCAAGUUUGUUAUCCUCAGUGCCCACAAGCUGGUAUUUAUUGGGGACACAUUGUCGCGCCAAGCCAAAGCUCAGGAAAUCCGAAAUAAAGUCACCCACUACAGCAACCUUAUGUGUGACAAGCUCAAGGAGAUAGUUCUUUCCACCAAAACAGCAGCACUUCAAUACCCAUCUCCAUCAGCAGCCAAGGAUAUGGUGGAUAGAGUCAAAGACCUCAGCAACAGCACUCAGCAGUUCAGAAUGGUCCUUGGGCAGCUGGUCUCCAUUUGAAGGCGUAGUUGACUAUCUAGAGACUUAGUCCAGGCGUGACAAAGAGACAAUGUGAGGAGCUGUUGGCUCAGUGAGCCAGCUACCAAUCCUCUAUAAAGACAUUUAAUAGACUUUGAUGCCACCUCAUAUAAGGAAAAGUGAACUGUAAUUCAGUUUUGUUCACGAAACGACACUACAGCCUAUGCUACAUUUCCAGAGGAAUGUUGAACUACAAUUAGCUCUUAGCUAAACUUGUAUAUAUAUCAGACCUAUUCUUGCAUAUCAGAUGGAAUUACUUGUCCAUUCCACGUCCCUUAUUGUCAAAAAUAUUGGGGGUAAUACAUUUUAUUAUGAAUUCUGUAUUACGCUGCAAUACUACAAAG